AUGCCCCUUAACCACCAUACUAGCGGGUCCAUGCAGGCAGAGGCCCGAACUUGGCCUUGGCCUGGAUAUGAUCAAAAUAUAGGUGCCGAAGCCAAGAUUUCCUUCGAGAUGGCCCUGCGUAGUUACUAUUGGGGUAAACUUUGUCAUCGGGAGGUUGACCUAGUGGAGACUCUUCCCCUUCCCGUAUUUGAGAAAUGUAUGCGGGAUCUCGCUGCCCGAUUUCUGGCCUCUGCUUCUACUGAUGAUGUUGUGGUGGGUCAACCAGGAAAAGGUACUACUCCUAUCCUGAAAAAACGAAGUGUGUGUGUGAUGCUGUCGUCGGAUGAGGAGACCAAAUCUGAUGACUUCAGCCUCUUUCCUCGUAAGAUUCGCAACAUGAUGUUCGUGCCUAAGCUUCUUGGUGAUAUUGGGUAUGUUCUUGAUUCUAGUGCUUGUUCUAUGCUUGGAGAUAUAUUGGGCGUGUCAGGAGGUUAUUCCCCAUCGAACAAACCUUACAUGGUUGAUGAAGUGAGAAAUGCAUCCCAUCCCUUGGCUUCCGAGGCUUAUGUUCCAAUAUGGGUGGUUACUAAAGAUUCCUUACUUUUGGAAGACAUCGCCGCCCAGGAGUAG